AUGGCUUCGACACGCAAAGCAAGAGAGUCAGUACGUGCAAAUGCAGCUAAUUUUGAAAGUGUUGUGGCUCAGUGGUUUGAAGAAGAUGAUUCUUGGGAGGAAGGAAAUAUUUUUGAAGAUGCAAGAAGUGAAGAAUCAGCCAAUGAACCUGCAGAUGUGAAUAUUGAGGCAAAUGACAGUCCUUCCGAUAAUAUUACUUCAUCAGAGUCUGAAAACGAAGAACCACCACAAAAAGACGGAUUUGUUUACACGGGAAGGAAGCCCCAUGAACCUAUUCAGAAAAAUCUUGGAUUGAAUGUGGUGAAAUAUCUUGCUAAAAGCAUUGAAGGAUCAUCAAAAAAUAUUAAUGUUGACAACUUCUUUACUAGUGUGCAGCUGGCGGAAGAGAUGCUUCAGAAGCAAAUUACAGUGAGGGGGAGGCGCGCGGCCCGCCGGCUGAGAAAGAGAGCGCGCCGCCUCGAGGGUACUCACCUGGAAGCCGGGGCGGCGGGGGCGGCGGCGGCGGAGGAGGCGGCGGGGGGCGGCGCCGAGGCCGCCGCGGCGGGCGUCGCGCCGCUGCACGCCAGCGCUAAAAGUGGCCGGGGGCGGGUCGGUGCUGGGGGUGGCUGCGGCGCCGGGGGCGGCAGCGGCGCUGGGGGCGGCAGCGGCGGCGGGACGCCGACAUGGGAAGAGGAGGAGGCGGCGCGCGCGCGGGUAGCGCCGGGCGGCUACUGCCGGAGCGCCGGCCGGCCGCCUACCUGCGCCGGCACGCCGGACCAGGCGGCGGGCGGCGCGGCGCGAGCGAGGCGGGCCCUGGCCGCGCAGGCGCAAUCAAUACGCGGCGGCAGCGGCGGCGGCGGCGGGCGCGCCGCGAGCCGCACACGGGACGCGGCCGCCGUGGGGCGAGGAGCGCGCGGCUGCGGCUGCGCCGGCUGUGGCUGGCGGCGGCGUAGUCGCGAUGUCACCGGCGAGUAG